AUGAUGCUCUUGCUUUUUCAUGCAUAUAGCUGUCUCCCAGCAACAGUUCUAGCGUCUUGCGUGGAAAGCGUAUGGUCUGGAAGUGGGACAGGGACUCAGACACAACUAUCGCGCGCUCUCUGGCUCUGGUGCGGCGCUCUCGGCGCGCGAGUGUGGCUGCCCUUAAUGCCGCGCGAGGCGACCCGGCGCACUGACCCCUCACGGCACACCUUCAUGGCUAAGAGGAUCAUGCUGCCCUUUCAUUUGGACAUAUAUCCACUAACAAUUCUCUUCGACGAUGCAAUUCUUCUAGGUGCUGAAAAUGACACAACUUUGUAUGCAUCUGAUUCAAACUCCGUAUUUUCUCUACCAUUUUGUGUCAUAAAUAGAACAAGUCAAGUAUACUUGCACCAAAUACUUCGACAACUGCUCAGACGAAAUUUGGGUUAUCAUGCGUGGGAGAUAGCACGUUCUUGUUCUCAGCUGCCCUACUUCCCACAUUCACUGGAACUGCUCCUCCAUGAAGUGUUGGAAGAAGAAGCCACGAGUAAGGAACCUAUACCAGACGCGCAGUUGCCGAGUGUUAUAGAGUUUGUCCACGAAUUCCCAGUGUACUUGCAAACUGUGGUGCAAUGUGCGCGGAAAACUGAAAUUGCGUUAUGGGCUUACUUAUUCUCCGCUGCCGGCAAACCCAAGGAGUUGUUCCAAGAAUGUCUGCAACGGAAGAUGUUGGACACCGCUGCUUCAUAUCUUAUUAUAUUACAGAACCUCGAAAGCUCGACAGUGAGCAGACAGCUCGCUACGCAGUUGCUAGAUACGGCGCUACAACAAGAGCGGUGGGACCUCGCGAGAGAUCUAGUCAGGUUCUUAAGAGCUAUCGAUCCGAAUGACGUGGACUCGCCCAGGAAUUCGGUAAAUGUCCAAACUAAGUACGGACAAAUAGUGCAGUCACAGACCGUCAGCCCCAACGCAGAAGACUUGUCAGUUAUACUUGGUAGUAUGCAGCUGGCGGGCGGGCGCGGCCGCAGCUUCAGCACGACGGCGGCGCCGCGCGAGCCGUCGCCGUCCGCGCCGCGCCGCACCGCCGCCACCGCCGCCGUCAAGCGCAAGAAGUCCGUGCCCGCCAGGAGCGAUAAGGACUCCUACAACGGCACAGCGGAGGAGUUCUUCAUCGACAUGAUGAUACAGAGACACGCGCGGCUGCUGCUGUCGACGGCGCGGCUGCUGGCGCUGGGCCGCCUGGCCGCCGCGCUCGACCUGCCGCUGGUGGCGUGGCUCACGGGCGAGCGCGAGCGCGCCGCGCGCGUGGACUGCGCCGUGGCCUGCCUGCGCCGCCUGCACGAGGACUUCGACUGGCCCUACCCCGAGCCCGACGACGCCGACUGCAAGCAGAGGAAGCCCAGUGUCACUCCUGCGCCGUACUCGCCGUCGGCGGAGACGGACAGCCUGUGCGGCGACAGCGGCUACGUGUCGCUGCGCGCCGCGCUGCCGCUCGCCGCCGGCGCGCCGCUCUCGCCCGCGCCUCUCAGCUCGGCGGGCGAGGGCAGCGUGGCGGAGGGCGGCGGCGUGGCGUGGGGCGCCGAGGCGGGCGAGGAGCGCCGCUACGCCGCGCUCAUGGAGCGCCUGCACCUGCACCAGGCCGCGCGCGGCGGACACACCGCGCACGUGCAGCUCAGAUACCUACUGCAGCUGAUGACGGAGGCGAGCUGCGUGGAGUGGGCGCUGGUGGUGGCGGUGGCGCUGCGCGACGCGCUGGCCGUGCUGCGCUGCGCCAACGCCGCGCGCGCGCCCGAAGUGGCGCUGCCCGCCGCGCUGCGCCUGCGCAACGCGCUGCGCGACCUGCGCGCCUGGGCCGACGCCGAGUGCAUCGGCUAUAAGCCCUUCAUGAACGCGAUCAGUAACCAAAUCCCGUUCCUCACAUCCAUCAUCAACGCGCGCGAGCGUCGCGUGUCGCUCCCGCAAACGCGGGCCAGGACGCCCAGCACGAGCUCGCUCACAGAACAAAAACAAACCCCCCAAGAGACAAAACUGCCACCGCCGCAGAAAGCACAGGAAGUAUCGAAACAGUCGGUAAGAAAAGAUUCACCAAACUCUAUCCCGGAACCGGAAAUAGCCGAAGUGCUCACCCCCAGGCCACCGUUGCCACCGCGGGAAGAACCAACGUCAAAUUGUGCCAUAAUG